AUGCACGCCACCGCGAUUCUAUCGGCGACCACCGCGCACGUUACACACGUGUGCAACACCCGCGAUCCUACCGGAAACGCCCGUCGCGCCCCAGCCUCCCUUCGGAGGGCACGCGUCGGCGCUCCCCGAAUCGCAAGACUCGGCGCCCGAAGCGUCCGUGGUGCCAUGGUGGACGACGACCCUCCCGAGCUCCCAGAUUACGAUGUCGUCACCCUCGGCCCCCUCGAGGUAUCUGCGAUCGCACUCAGCGCGCGCGACUGGAAGGGAGGCAGCGACGACGCCAACUGCUACGUCGCCGCCGUAGAUCGAGGCUACCUGCUCAUCGCGGCUCACGAACCCUCCGAGCUCAAGCUCAUGAAGGAGUACCAGGGAUACUGGGCGAUGUCCGAGGCGGCGACGCUCCCCGGCGUCCGCGCGCCCGUCGUCUACUCCAUCGUGGACGUCGAUGCCGCGGGCGGGUCGGUCAAGGACGCCGCGCGGGCGCUCGUCGCGGAAGCGGGCGGCGUCGAACCGGACGUCCUGUGCGUCGCGUCCGAAACAGCCGACGUCGAGGCGCUCGCAAACUCGGUCAAGGUGGCGUGGGAGCUCGGCGCGUGCCCGGGGAUGGUGGCCGUCGACGGCUUCGACGCGGCGCGCCUCGAGAAGUUCGUAGAGGCGCUGUCGGACACGCCGGGCGUACACGUGGCGUUCAACCGCGUGGUGUACUCGCUCGCGGAUCGAACGGCGGAGAAGAACGGCGUGUUGGCGACGUGCAAGAGGCUGGGCGUCGGCAUCGUCGCCGCGUCGCCGCUCGGGGAGGGAUCGAGGGUGACGAACACCACGCACGGGGAGUGCGACCAGGCGCUCGUGAGGCUGCUCGCGUUCCUGGGCGCGAUGGUCGGCGGCGGGGUGCAGCAGUCGCCGCUGCAGGUUGCGCUCAACUACGUGAUGAGCAAGGGAGCGGUGCCCGAGGUGGAGACCCGGAUGGGAAGCGUGGCGUGGGAAUGCGGCGGUUCGAUGCUGUGGCGAUUAGACGAGAACGCGGUGGGGAUCCUAGACGAGAGGUGCGAGGCUGUGGAGAAAGGGGAGACGGGAGACGGCGGGGGACCCGCUUUGGCGUGA